AUGGCCCCACCUCACUCGGAUAGGGGUGAUGACAAGUAUCUUUGGCGUAAUGGAGCUGAUCAUUUCGUUCCAAAGUUUUCAUCUAAAGCAACAUGGCAUCGUAUCAGAGAGAGAGCUCCUGAGGUCCCUUGGUGGGAUCUGAUAUGGUUUAAAGAAGAGAUUCCAAGAUGUUCCUUUGUAGCUUGGAUGGCAGUACUCUCCAGACUACCUACAAAAGAUAGAUUGUCCUCGUGGGGCAUGAAUGUCUCUACGCUUUGCGUCAUGUGCUCUUCUGGACAGGAAUCCCAUCAGCACUUAUUCUUUUUGUGCCCAUAUGUCUCAGCUGUCUGGUCUCACUUCUCUGGAAGCGCUUGGCAAGCUGCUCCGUUGUCUAUGCUUGAUGUUGCUGAUAUCAUCGCUGUCUAUCCUCAGUUGCGAGUGGUGAUUAAAUUGUUGAUGCAGGUUAUUGUUUACUGCAUCUGGCGGGAGAGGAAUUCUCGCAUUUUCAAGCAGGUUGCCACUUCAGAAGCAGGGGUGAUCUCGCGUGUUGAUAGGCUGAUCAGGGAUCGGCUCCUCUCCAUCUCUCCUUCAGGACCACAGUCUCCGUCGCUGCUCCAGCUAUUCUUCUCCCUCACCUUUCGGCCUCCUUAG